UUGCCUACGCCCCGAGACAGACAGGUGUAGUCAGGUGAGUGAGAUCUGCUGCGUCAUUUUUACCACGGAGCUGCCAGACAAGACCCAACAGAGGAUUAAAUGAGCCGUUUCUCAGGAUGAUGGAGUGGAGUCAGUCGUCACAAGGACAGCGUGAUGCCUUCAUCUGGUUCACAGAGUCCCAGCUCCAGCGUGUGAUCAGGAACGGGAUCGUCCCUGAAUGGUUUCAUGGGAUCAUUUCCAGGAAGACGGCAGAGGAACUGCUGAUGGCCAAGCCUCCUGGCUACUUCCUCAUCAGAGUCAGUGAGAGCCGGAUUGGCUACACUCUCUCAUACCGCGCUGAGGACCGCUGCAGACAUUUCAUGAUCGAUGCGUUAGAGGACGGCCAUUACGUCAUAGUAGGGGAGAACAGGCGCCACCGGCUUCUGCAGGACCUGGUGGACUUUCACCGUAGGACUCCCAUUUUGCCUUUCACUGAGGUGCUGACUGUCGCUUGUGGACAGACCUCAAAAGACAAGACUGACUAUGCAGAGCUGCUUUUUACCCAAAGACAUCUAAACCCUAACACAAGUUUGCUACCAAACAACUCACUGCAUCCCAGCACGAGUCAUCAAACAUCACAAGAGGAUAUCCCACCUGCCCUUCCUUAUCGACCAAAUAACCUGAGGAACUCUCCAGUCCCGUCUUCAAACAAACUUUACCCAAGUUUGGAAGAAGAAUUUCACCGUGUCACUUCCCCUCUUCCAGCCACGCCUGUGACCAGAAAGAGAUACACCGGCGACAACCCUCCAUCCAACCAGCCUCCGGAGGUUCCUGAUCGGAGCUCUGUCCCUCCACUGAAGCAGAACCAGGCUUGUAUCAGAACAGUCUCUGCACCUGAGAGCCCCCCAACACCUACAGCCACUGGAGACCCCAGCAGCACCAACAUCCAGUCUGUAAAGAACCAGGAAGCAAAGCCGUCAGUCAUUUCCAACCUGAAGAACCUCAAGAAGAAAUUCCAAAAGAAGAGAAGCAUAUCGCAGGAGAAUAUGUACGCAGAGAUAAAUGUGGUGGAGAAUGAAUACCACGAGAUCACAGGGCAGCAGACCUUCAACGCUCCACCAUUUCCCCACACUUGCACUGAGCAGACACUGACUGAUGGAGGGGUACCUGACGAGUACCUUCCACCUCCACCUUUUGCUCCAGGCUACUGAAACACAACCGCUCCCUUAGAAAAAAGAAUGUAAAGAUGGAUCAAACCCUAAGUGGAGAAUAAAUGAGCAGUAGUCCGCACAUUCAUUAUUGACAAAGUUACAAAGGUUUGAUAGUGCAUCGUUUCACCCUUCUAACCGCUGUCCUCAUGUGAAUGUAAUUAGUGCCAGUGACUUCUGAGUGCUUCAUCUUUUAUUUAUUUAUUUGCUAUUCAACAGAGACAAUACAGAUAAACACUGUUACAUAAGGAGAAGUAAUGCAACAAAUGUACUCUAUAUAGUGUAUGCAUCUCGCUGAAGCUAAUUACAAGCCUUUUCCCUGGCCCAUGUAGUGAAUGAAUAGGCAGCAGGAGGAAGUCUGAUGCAGUGUAUGUAAAUGAGAAAUGGCAUGGUUUAUGUCAGCUGCUUUGAAUACAGUAGACAUACUGUAGCAUCAGAUGCGGGUCUGUUAUCAGCAACAUGAUAAGGAAGAUGGAUGCAGAUGCUGGUCAAACUCGUUUCACAGGUAGAAAUUUACAGGUGAGACAAAAUUGACCUUUACAUGGCGUCUGGACAUGGAAGGACUAAAACACAUUUCAUUUUUACUGCAAAUGGCGUGGUCAGACCCUUGUUAUUAUUAUUAUUAUUAUUAUUAUUAUUAUUAUGAAGCAUCUGUGUGAUCUCAAGAAUAUUUCACAUUUAUAUCUGUAACCAAGUAAUAUAUCUGUACAAAGCAUCAAAUAUUGUUACAUGACUUAGCUAAUAAAUCACCUUUGACCACCAUUUUUUUUUAAUAUG